UCCAAAGUCCACUGUCCCUUGGAAUGUCCAAAGCCCCUCACCUCCAACCCCACCCAGGAGGUGGUUUACAGGCAUAAAAGGUCUUGACACCCUCCUUUCGGGGCCAUGGCUUGGAGAGACACGAGUCCUCUGUGGCCAGUGGCAACAAAGUCCCUGCAGUUUAACAUACUUUUGUCUUAGUGUUAACUUUCUGUGCUUACUCCAGUACAACAUCUGGAGGGUCCAGCAAGACUUUCUCUUCAUCCAUCACCAGACAAAAGCCAUCUCAGAGUCUUGCCAUGGCAGCCGCUCCCACCUUGAGGACCUCUAGGGGAGGCAUCCCCUGAGACGUUUCAGGGCCCCAGAGUUCUGGCCCUGUGAAGGACAGGCGACUACCUGGUCAACAUUCACCCGAAAUUCCUCAGGGUCCUGGGAACCUCCGGAGGAUACUGCAUUGGAAACUGAGUCAGGGACCCAUUGGUGAGAAGGAAACACAAUAUGUCCUCUAUGUUCCACUGCAUCAGCAAAAGUUUUGUCAAAGAGUUUGGAAGAAAUGACCUGACGCCUGUUGAAUGUGGGUACCAUGCCAUCAAAUUACGUCAGUUUGCCGUCUUACAAAAGACAGAAAGACCUUUUUUAACUUUUUGGAAAAAGUAUGACUAUGCUCUACUUAAUUUCUCCCUCAGUGACAUCCUGGAGUCAAGUCCUUCAGUCCCAGAUAAUGAUGUGAAUGGACCAUUACAUUUCUGUGAUACUAUGAUCCAAAAGGAUGAGGCUGCCAUAGAUGUGAAUGUUGGUGUAAAAUUGGGUGUGUCAGGGGGGCACUCUGCAGACCAGAAAGUCUCCCUCAAGUUUCAGGUUGUGACCAUCUCAGAUCCAAAGCUGGAAGUCUUUCAAAAAAGGAAACUGUUGCAUCCAGAGCCGGAAUAUGUAAAGAGGUGUUGGAAGAGCAGGGACAACCUGUACGUGGUGACAGACAUUGUUGAACUGACCCGUGAUACUGUGCUGUACGACUACAGUAGUAUUGAUCUUAUUUUGAAGAUUUCUUCUUGGAUUACUGGUGUCAAGGGUGAAGUCCUAGGAAGUAUUUUCAGAAAGAAUGAGAAGGUGCUGACUCUGAAGAAGGGCAUGGUGAUGGCAUAUAAAGCAAAGCGGCUGAUUUUUGAGGAAAAAGACAGAACCGUUCGCGUCACAGAUGAUGAUGAACGGAGCAUCUGUCAAUAUGGUGACACCCUCCCAAUAGGAGGAAUAGAGGAAUCCUGCCAGCAAGAUUUCAAGUGUCUACAAGGGGAGGUUUCCCGGAACAUAGAGGCACUGGCCCAGCUCUCAAGGGAUGUUCAGGGUGUCGUGUUCUCUAGUAUCCUGGCCAUGCUCAGAGACAGACAGAAUCUGCAAGACCUGAUGUACAUGCUGGAAUUGGACAGCUCAGGUCAUUUGCAUGGCCCUGGUGGUGCCAUCCUAAAGAUACUUCAACAGGAUUCAAACCAUGCAUUGUCUAAAUCAAAGGAACCCAUUCUGAAUCUCCUUGAAGCCAUAAUGGUGUUGAGUGACAUCCAACAUGAUUUGCUGGCCUAUUCCAUGAAGAAGAGGAUCCUGCUUCAGCAACAGGAGAUGGUAAGGAGCAUCCUGGAGCCAAACUUCAGAUACUCCGGGAGCAAUCCCUUCACCCUCAAGCCCGAGCUCCUUGCCCCACUCCAGAGGGAGGAUUUGGCCAUCACCUAUGGCCUGUUGGAGGGGUGUGGCCUGAGGAUGGAGCUGGAUAGCCCCAAGUCAACCUGGGUUGGAGCCGUGAAGAUACCGCUGUCUGCCCUCUAUGAGACUCUCUCAUUGCUGCAGCAGCUGGCUGAGGCCUAAGCCUUCCAUGAUGGGCAGUCAAUCCAGAGAUGCUGGCCCCUGCCCAGUCUAUGUUGUGAGUGUCUUUAGGGGUGCAAGAGAUAGGGCUGUGCCUCUCCGCUCUUCCAGGUGGAGUAGAGACGGCCGUGGGUAGAGACUUUAGGAAAUGUUUUGGGGGUGGUGGAAUAUUCUAUAUAUUGACAGGGGUUUAUAUAUUUGUCAAAACUCCUCAAAUAGUAUGUUAAAGAUGUAAGCAUUUCACUAUGUUUAAAUUUUACUUCAAAAUAAUAAAAACAAAUACUGACUCUA